UGGGAAAGAGAAUGGGGGGAAUUAGAACUUAGAAGCGGAGGAUAAAGGCUACCCGUCCAUUACCAUGACCAUUACCUUUACCCAAGCUUUGGAUGAGGACGCAAUCAAUUACAACUGUAAUACAACAUUUUGACAGUUAUUUUCUUUCUCCAAUCUCUUUCUGAUCCCUAUAUAAAGCCUCCCUGGCCUCUUCCUUGGUGAAGCUUUAUAAAGCUCUGUACUCUCUCAUUACUUAUUUCUCUUCUAAACAAAGAAAGGAUCAUAUUGGCCGAGUUUCUUUGAAAGGAUCAUAUUGGCCGAGUUUCUUUUCUUUUUCCUUCUCUGGUCAUCUUUCUCCUUUUCUGGUCAGUUCUUCUGCCACCGAAAUGGACGUUGCGCAUUUCUUGUUUGGGAUUUUCGGAAACGCUACUGCUUUAUUUCUCUUCCUGGCUCCAACAAUUACAUUUCGAAGAAUCAUAAAGAGAAAAUCGACGGAGGAGUUUUCCGGCAUUCCCUACGUGAUGACCUUACUCAACUGCCUCCUCUCCGCAUGGUACGGUCUUCCCUUUGUAUCACCGAACAAUAUUCUGGUCAGCACGAUCAACGGCACAGGUGCGGCGAUAGAGUCAAUUUACGUCUUGAUCUUCAUCAUCUACGCGCCUAAGAAGGUGAAGGCGAAGAUCCUAGGGCUCUUUACCUUUGUUGUCACAGUCUUUGCUGCUAUAGCCAUUGUUUCCAUCUUUGCCCUCCAUGGCCACACCAGGAAGCUCUUCUGUGGCCUUGCAGCCACUAUCUUCUCCAUUGUAAUGUACGCCUCGCCUCUAUCCAUCAUGAGGCUGGUGAUCAUGACCAAGAGCGUGGAGUUCAUGCCCUUCUUCUUGUCUCUGUUCUGCUUCCUCUGCGGGACUUCAUGGUUCAUUUUUGGCCUUCUUGGCCACGACCCUUUCGUCGCUGUGCCAAACGGGUUCGGGUCGGCAUUGGGAACAUUACAGCUGAUACUAUAUGCGAUAUACCGGAACAACAAAGGGGAGGAGGAGGAGGAGGAGGAGGAGGAGGAGCAGCGGGGAAACCAUCGCAGACUACCACUGCUGAUGACUCUUUGGAGAUGGGAUACGGCAAAGCUCACCACCAAGAGAAACAACCUCAGCCUACAGCUCCGGCGGACGCGCGACCUGCUCAGGACGGCUGCGUUUAAAAAGGUCGUCUUAGAGAUACGUGUGUGGACACUGAUUGCCCACGUAACUUUUUCUCUGCGUACGUGAUGUCUCUUGGCCUCUACUAUCGUGGGUUGGUCCAUUUUGCCAUUCUUUAACUCUAAACUACGGAACCACCGUCUCUCUCUCUCUCUCUCUCUCUCUCUCUCUCUCUCUCUCUCUCUCUCUCUCUAAGUUCUUAUUUUGUAAUUGUGGUUUGUAUAUCACUUUAAUGUUGUUGUUGGAAACUUGAAUUUUCUGAUACACAAAGAAGUCAAUAAGGGUUCUCUA